AUGGCUUCCCGUCACCUGGCCAAUCUCCUCCGGCGCGGUGCCCGGGGCUUCUCGACGAGAAACUUUUUCCAGAACAUCAAUGAGCAGCAUCUCGCCAAGGAGCUCGCAGAGAUCGGCCGCUGUGGGCGAGAAGGUUCUGAGGCGGACAGCACGCUCUUCGACCCCAAGGUGCGACUGCGGCCCAACCGACGUCCGUCGAUGGCUGUGGCGGAGGCUGCAGCGCGAAGUGCCAGCUCCGAGAUGGACGAGGCAGACUUUCAACAGAGCUCACGGACCAAACCCUGGCUUCACUACGAAAGCCUUCGUGGUGCGACAUAUCCCUCAGGUGGUACUGGGCCACGAUGGCAGGACCUGACACACGCGGAGGCUCAGAGGUUGCAAGAGAUGUACAUGAAGAAGAAGAUGCUGGACCGAAAGAUCCGCUGGCUGAAGCUCAUGGAGUUGCCCAACCCGGAGAGGGAGGCGAAGCGGACCUUGAGGCUCCAGCAGCUGAAGGAGGCCGAGGAGAAGCGGGUGCCCGGCGGCGGUGACAUGUACCCUGUUCCUUUCCAGGACAUGCACCCGGGACACUCGAAGCUCCAGCGCUUGGAGGAGGGGGCGCGCCUGAUGGAGUUAGAGAGCCGCUUCCGGGCGCGCAUACGGCAGCAGAAGCUGCAGAACGCGGCCAUUGUCAAGGCACAGAAGCCGCAGGUAGGAGAGCUGAUCACUGACCCCAUACAGCGGCACGUCAAGCGCCGCCUCGUGCGCCAGCGGGAGAAGAUCCAUGAGGGCGUGGAGGCCACCCUGCACGUGAAUUCCGCUCAGAUCAUGCACGAACACCUCAAGGGCGCGGCAGUUUCCAUCGUUCGCAUCCGUGCCAAGCGGCCCAGGAGCACACAGGAGAUACAGUACAAUCUCACCUCGGACCACGACCCCGAGUGGGUCCAGCGCCAGCUCAAUAUCCUUGCGCCAAAGCUGCGCUCGCAGUUGGCCGUCAAUGUGAACAUGGGGCAAACGCCCAACAUCAAGUUUGUGCCGUACGCGAAGUCGCAGGAAGUGAGGCGCAAGUACCUCUGGCGCUUUGCCAAGGCGAUCCAAAAUCAGAUCCCUGUGGGAGGAGGCGAAGUCAAGACGAAGUGA